AUGGCCCUGGGCGCCGAGCAGCGUCUGGGCAGCCUGGUCGUCUUCACCAGGGACGACUUCGAGGAUGACUGGCGCCCCGUGGCCAGCGGCGGCUUCAGCCAGGUGUUCCAGGUGCGACACAAGCGCUGGCGGACCGAGUACGCCAUCAAGUGCUCUCCCGGCCUCCUGCCCGAGGCCACCAGCUCGGCUGUCAACUGCCUCAUCGAAGAAGCCACCACAAUGGAGAAGAUCAGGUUCCAGCACAUCGUGUCCAUCUACGGGGUGUGCGAGCAGCCCGUGGGCAUCGUGAUGGAGUUCAUGGCCAACGGCUCCCUGGAGAGGAUGCUGCCCACCCACAGCCUCUGCUGGCAGCUCAAAUUCCGCAUCAUCCAUGAGACCAGCCUGGCCAUGAACUUCCUCCACAGCAUUGAACCACCCCUGCUCCACCUGGACCUCAAGCCAGGCAAUAUCCUCCUGGACAGCAACAUGCACGUCAAGAUUUCGGACUUCGGCUUGUCCAAGUGGAUGGAACAGUCAACCCGGAUGCAGUACAUCGAGAGGUCGGCUCUGCGGGGCACCCUCAGCUACAUGCCCCCUGAGAUGUUCCUGGAGAGUAACAAGGCCCCAGGGCCCAAAUAUGACGUGUACAGCUUUGGGAUUGUCGUCUGGGAGGUCCUCACACAGAAGAAACCCUACUCAGGCCUCCACAUGAUGAGCAUCAUCAUCCGAGUGGCUGUGGGCAUGAGGCCUUGCCUGCGGUCUGUCUCCGACGAGUGGCCGGGGGAGGCCCAGCAGCUGGCAGAGCUGAUGAGGCGCUGUUGGGACCAGGACCCUGCGAAGAGGCCCUGCUUUCCAGACAUUGCAGUCGAGACGGACAUGCUGCUGUGCCUGCUCCAGAGCCCUGUGAUGGAGCCCGAGAGUGAGGCCCUGGCCAGGAAGGUGUCCUGCAAGCCCUCCCUCCGCCGGCCCCAGGUGCGUGUCAGACAGGAGGUCAGCCAGGAGCUGACAGACAGCGACGCAGGAGACUACUUGAAGCGGGUCCUGCAGCUCUCGGACAGCGAGAGCCUGGUCCCCAGCGAUGAGGAGCUGCGCGUCUAUGAGAACAAGGUCACCCCCCUCCACUUCCUGGUGGCGCAGGGCAGCGUGGAGCAGGUGCGGCUGCUGCUGGCCCACGAGGUCGACGUGGACUGCCAGACGGCCUGCGGCUACACACCCCUGCUCAUCGCCGCCCAGGACCAGCAGCCGGACCUGUGCGCCCUGCUCCUGGAGCACGGAGCCGAUGCCAACCUGGCGGACGAGGACGGCUGGACCCCGCUGCACUUCGCGGCCCAGAAUGGGGACGACCGGACUGCGCGCCUGCUCCUGGACCACGGGGCCUGCGUGGAUGCCCAGGAGCACGAGGGGUGGGCCCCCUUCCACCUGGCUGCUCAGAACAACUUUGAGAAUGUGGCUCGGCUUCUGGUCUCCCGUCAAGCUAACCCCAACCUGCGUGAAGCCGAGGGCAAGACCCCUCUCCACGUGGCCGCCUACUUCGGCCACGUCAGCCUGGUCAAGCUGCUGACGGGCCAGGGGGCCGAGCUAGAUGCUCAGCAGAGAAGCCUGAGGACACCGCUGCACCUGGCCGUGGAGCGAGGCCAGGUGAGGGCCGUCCAGCACCUGCUGAAGAGCGGGGCGGCCCCUGACCUCCUGGACCAGAACGGCUACAGCCCGCUGCACACCGCGGCCGCCAGGGGCAGGUACCUGAUCUGCAAGAUGCUGCUCAGGUAUGGGGCCAGCCUCGAGCUGGUGACCCAGCAGGGCUGGACACCCCUGCAUCUAGCAGCCUACAAGGGCCACCUGGAGAUCAUCCGUCUGCUGGCUGAGAGCCAUGCUGACUUGGGGGCUCCCGGUGGCAUGAGCUGGACCCCCCUGCACCUGGCUGCCCGCCACGCGGAGGAGGAGGUAGUGGCAGCACUGCUCCAGUGCAGGGCGGACCCCAAUGCUGCAGAGCAGUCCGGCUGGACACCCCUCCACCUGGCGGUCCAGAGGGGCACCUUCCUGAGUGUCAUCCACCUCCUGGAGCACCACGCAGAUGUCCAUGCCCGCAACAAGGUGGGCUGGACGCCUGCCCACCUGGCCGCCAUGAAGGGCAACAUGGCCAUCCUCAAGGUGCUGGUCCGAGCCGGUGCCCGGCUGGACGUCGAGGAUGGGGAGGGCUGCACACCCCUGAAGCUGGCCCUCCGGAGCCAAAAGCAGAGCAUCGUCGCCUUCCUAGAGGGCAAGGAGACCUCACUGGCCAUCGUGGGCGGUGCUGAGCCUGGAGAGCAGACGGAAGUGUAGACGGCCUGUGGUCUCCUUACCGUAAGGGCGAGGGUUGGUGGAAAUGCAGCUGGGCUUUGGCAGGGCCCCUUUUUUGUACUUGCCACCUGCCCCUUUGACCUUGAGGAAACAGGAACCUGGUCCUCUGGGUGAUGGAGGGACAGACAGAGGUGCUCGCUCUGGCUUGGAGAGGUCCUUCCAACACCUCCUCCCAGUGGGUGUCCUGCACACCCUGGUCUCCUCCUCCUGUACCUGGACUUUGGCCCCCAAAGUGAAUUUCCUUCUCAUCCCCAAGACUCCUGCCACUUUCGCCAGUUUCCCCUGGGCUCACGGGGCCCUUUGCACCCCAGGAGCCCUCUCCGAGGACAAACAGGCAGAGGAGACAGAAGUGCUUCCUCUUGGCUCAGAUCUGUGUGACUUGACCCCUUUCCUGGAUGGAGCCGGGAGAGCCAGGGCAGGCGCUGAAAGUUCAGAGGACAUUCUGCUCAUCAUUCAAAGCCCAGCCCACCCCCUUGCUGCCUGACCACACCUUCCUGGCGGCCCUGGGUCUCCCACAUUGGUCUCUCGGAGGGGAAGGAAGGUGGUUCUCUAACUGCCCACGAGUGACCCCGUGUCGCUCAGUCCCUGGUCUCCCUGA